GAAAUAAAUACCAUCACCAUGUUACCAUCUUCUCGUCGUGCGACUAUAUUUGCUACAAUAUGUAGUACAGUAUCUUUAAUGUUAUUAAUCGUAUUACUACCACUCAUGCAUUUUCAUAUUCAAAAAGUUUCAUCAAUAAUGCUAUCACAUGUUGAAUUAUGUAAGAUGGAAUCGCGUGAUAUUUGGAAGCAAAUGGCGUUUGUUAAUGGAAAAUCUAGAACAAUAAGACAAUCCUGGUCUUCAAAAUCUUCUGGCUUAGUAAGAAAUGCUUGCUGCGCUUGUUCACAAGGUCCUCCAGGACUACGUGGUAAUCCUGGAAAAGAUGGACUCCCUGAAAUAAAACCUUUAGGAUCGGAUGGUGAUGCAGGCGAAGAUGGGGGGAAAGGAAGAGAUGGUGUUUACUUGCCGGCUCCAUCGCGUAGUGAAAACGCAUGUCAAAAAAAUAAAGAAUUAUGUUGUGCCUUCAAUUUCGAAUGCCCACCAGGAGCACCAGGACCGCCAGGGCUUCCGGGGCCGAAAGGCGCACGAGGAUCGCCUGGGAGGCCAGGCCAAGAAGGCCGUUCAGGAGGAGCUAGUCGUGCUGGACCUCCAGGGCCUCCAGGACUAAGAGGAGAACCUGGUCCUCCUGGACCGAAAGGACCUACAGGAGAUCGUGGAAAAGUACUAAAUGGUGCACCCCCUGGACCAGUUGGACCACCAGGCCCAGUUGGACCACGUGGAGUACCUGGUGGAAGAGGUAUCAAUCGCAUAUUAUUUUUAGUAAAAUUUCUUUAUCGUAUUGAAUUUUGA